AGAGAGUUGUUAUUCAAAAGUCUCUGCUGCAGUCCUCAAGACAGACAUACUCGAUACAAAAUUUACUGGUGGAUUUAAAUGCAAUUGACUUUUUAAACAGCCCUGGCAUUCAUUUCAUCUUCAUACUGUCAGUUAUUUGGAUUCAUUUAGCCGUCAGAGAGAUAUAAGGAGCAAGAGAAGUGCUUAUUUAAUGGUCUUCAUCUGAGGUACCUGAGAUCAAACUAGAAACGGAUGCUACAAUGACCAGGUUCACAAUUCUUGCAGGCUUAUGCUUGGUGCUGUGCCAUUUUGGUUCAGCAGAACAGCUGGGGUGCUACUUCACAAACUGGUCCCAGUACAGGCCUGGCGUGGCAAAGUACAUGCCUUCUAAUGUGGAUCCUUUCUUCUGUACCCACCUGUUUUACGCUUUUGCUUCCAUCAACUAUGCCAAUGAGCUUGUCACCAGUGAUUGGAAUGAUGAGACAUUCUAUAAAUCUUUUAUUGACCUGAAGAACAAGAAUGCAGCUUUGAAGACGCUUUUAGCAGUUGGUGGAUGGAACUUUGGCUCCACUCAGUUCUCCAUCAUGGUGUCCACUCCAGCCAACCGUCAAACAUUCAUCCAGUCCUCCAUCUCAUUCCUGAGAACACAUGGAUUUGAUGGUCUGGACCUGGACUGGGAAUACCCUGGUGCCAGAGGCAGCCCUCCUGAAGACAAGCAGAGAUUUACAUUGCUGUGCAAGGAACUGAAAGAAGCCUUUGCUGCUGAGGCCAAAUCUACUGGGCAAUCUACGCUCUUACUUAGUGCAGCUGUGCCUGCUGUCAAAGAAAUCAUUGAUGACGGCUUUGAAAUCAGUGAGAUAGCUAAGUAUCUGGACUUCAUCAAUGUGAUGACCUAUGACUUCCAUGGAAUUUGGGACAGACUGACAGGACACAACAGUCCUCUGUACAAGGGAGCCCACGAGCAGGGUGAUCUUGAGUAUUUUAACACGGACUACGCCAUGAGGUAUUGGAGGGACAAUGGUACCCCUGUGGAGAAACUGAGGAUGGGAUUUGCAGCUUAUGGCCGUACCUUCCACCUCACCACGUCUGCUAAUGGAGUUGGAGCUCCAGCUAGUGGACCUGCCUCUGCUGGACCCUACACAGGUGAAGCUGGAUUCUGGUCCUAUUAUGAGAUUUGUGGCUUCCUUGAAGGAACCAAGAUCCAGUGGAUUGAGGAUCAGAGAGUACCCUAUGCAACCAAGGGGGAUGAAUGGGUUGGCUUUGACACCAAAGAGAGCUUUGAAAUCAAGGUCCAAUAUCUAAAAGCCCAGAAGUUUGGAGGGGCUUUUGUUUGGGCUCUGGAUCUAGAUGACUUUGCUGGCCAGUUCUGUGGGCAAGGGAGCUAUCCUCUGAUAGGCCACCUACACAACCUUCUAAAUAUUUAACUGCCUCUAUUGCCUUCCAUCACCACCUAAACCUGCCAUCCCAGCAACACCACAACUAACCACAACAACCAUACAUGAGCCUGGAACUGAAUUCGCAGGGAUGCCUGAAGACCUUUACAGUCACCCUGAAGAUCCAAGUAAAUUCUAUGAGUGUGAUAAGGGUAAAACAUCUAAGAAGAAGUGUGGAGUUGGAACAGUUUUUAAUGAUGCAUGCAACUGCUGUACCUGCAGCUUUCAAUAGUAAACAUUAAAUGAAUGCUCAACCAGAUCAGUGCCAACUCACAACAUGAAGACUUUUUUGAUCCUUCUGCUAUUUCCUUUAGCAAACAGUGCACAAUACUUGUGGUCUUAAGUAUUCAGAAAAUAAUAUAGCCAAACUUUUCAUGUAAACUAAAACAUCAGAUCAUAUUUCAUAUUUAAUAUGUGCAAGUCAUAAUGACCUGAUGGGAUAAAAUAUUAGUUUUAGAAAUAAUGUGCUUGUAUGAUCCAUGUAUGUAAUUAAUCUGAUCUGCUUUUUAAACAAUAAAAAACAAAUGCAUGAAAACAAUA